ACUCUCGGUUUAAUGAUUAAAUGUUAAAUAUGUAGCAAACUGGAGGUUUGGGCCAUGUGGCCUAUGAUAACGUCCUGCAGAGUAGUUAAUUCGGUGCAGAGAACACCCCCAGCGGUAGAGGAAAUGCCCAAGCUGUGCUCGUGUGUGCAUACGAGAGAGAGAUAGAGAGAGAGACAGAGCAUGAAUGAGUCUGUGUGUGUUGCGAGAGCUAUGUUGAGCCUUCGCCUCUCCAUAACGCUGCAUCCCGGGACAGAGUUAAAACACCAAGCAGGACAGCAGCAGAUGGAUUGAUGCCGGGAGAGAGAGAUAGAAAAAGAGAUGUACAGGCGUGAGGAAAGUGUGACAGAGAAAGCAUGCGUGAGUGAGUGUUAGGAUCUUUCUGCCAGGGAAGAAAAAAAAAACUGUUACACAUAUUACUGGGGGAGUUGCAGAGAGAGAGAGAGAGAGAGAGAGAGAGCAAAAAAGGAAAGUAGAAGUUAGUGACUCAGAAGUAGUGAGGAAGAUAGUAAUAAACUGAGAGGGAGGAAAGAAGGGGGAGGAAGGUAUAAUUACAGAGAGAGAGAAAGCGAGAGGGUACACACAGUGGAGACAGAGAAAGAGAGAGAGAGAGGGAGAGAGAGAGAGAGAAAGAGUCAGAGAACUGUCUAACCCUGCCCACUUUCUACAAAACCAUUGAGCUCCGGUGUAACGAGCUGCACUCUGUCAGGUUUCUCCUCUCCAGAGCUCUGCCAUCUCUGGUCUCUGCAAGCUCAUCAGGACCGAACUAUAACCAGGACCGGGACUAAAAACACAGGAUCAGAAGCUCCAGGACCUUGACAGCUUCCUAUUUUCCAGCAUGUUCACACCUUUUGGAUUAUUUUAGCUUUCUUUCCACGCUCACUUUGUUUUUAUUUUCCUGAGGGUGGCCCGGUGCUCAUCCACUCUAGCUGGAACCUGAUCACGAGAAGCGGCGGUGCCCACAAUGCCCCCUCUCGCCUUGCUGAUGGCUCUGGCACUGCUCCUCUCCGGCUGCCUGUCUGGACGCUGUUCCCCGACGCCCUCGGGCAUGCAAGGCACGACUCCUCUAGAGAGCGAGAGACAGGAAGGGUCUCGGGGGGCUGAGCAACAGGAGGAGGGUGGUCCGGUGAGUCCGUGUCCGUCCUGCGCCCUCGCCCAGUUAGACAGGGAUUCAGAGCCUGGCAUGGUGGAGGCGGUCAAGAGGCACAUCCUGAACAUGCUGCACCUGAGUGCACCGCCUAACAUUAGCCAUCCGGUGCCCCGUGCUGCCCUGCUUAAUGCCCUGCGCAAGCUGCACGUGGGUCGUGUUGCACAGGAUGGCACGGUGGAGAUCGAGGAUGAAGCAGAGGACUUCGGAGGACACAGCGCAGGUGACGAGCAGCCGUCUGAAAUCAUCACCUUUGCAGAACCAGUUGAUGUUCCUGAUACGGUGAAGUUUGACAUCUCUAAGGAGAGUGCCGGACAGUCCGUGGUGGAACAGGCCAAUGUGUGGAUCUUCCUUAAACUGGCAAAGGGAAGCCACGCGAAGGGAAAAGUUUCCCUGCAGCUCCUGCAGUCCCCGAGUGUGAGUACAGAUUCGAAUCCAGACCCCCAGGAUGAAGUGUUGGUGUCUCAGAAGAUGGUGGAUGCCCGGCGUAGUGGCUGGCACACCCUGUCUAUAGGAGCCAGCGCGCAGGCGCUGUUGGACAGGGGCGGUGGAGAGCUGCGUUUUCGUGUGUCAUGCCCGCUGUGUGCUGAUGUGGGUGCAGUGCCAAUCCUCGGUGAAGGAAAAGGGAAGGAGCACUCGCAAUCACACCGCCCGUUCCUGAUGCUGGUGCUACGUCCGGCUGAGGAUCGGCAACACCGGCGCAGCAAGCGUGGCCUUGAGUGCGACGCCAAUAUGCGCGCGUGCUGCAAGCGCCACUUCUACGUCAACUUCAAGGACAUCGGCUGGAGCGACUGGAUCAUCGCACCCUCGGGUUACCACGCCAACUACUGCGAGGGUGAGUGCCCAGGCCACGCUGCUAACAUGGCGGGUACGGCGCUUUCGUUCCAUUCCACCGUCAUCAACCACUACCGCAUGCGUGGCUACAGCCCGUUUGUCGGCAUCCGGUCGUGCUGCGUUCCCACCCGUCUCCGCGCCAUGUCCAUGCUCUAUUACAACGAAGAGCAAAAGAUCAUCAAGAAGGACAUCCAGAACAUGAUCGUAGAAGAAUGUGGCUGCUCAUAAAAUGAAUGAAAAUAAAAACUUAACCACAAACCUUGUGGAACUCUUAUAAAACUGCUUAGCCAAGGUCGAAGCACAUGAUUGGUGGAUUAGCAGCCUAGGCUGGCCCACAAACAUUUCUUGAACUGUCAUUGCUUUUGACUUGAACAUGCUCUGUUCAUGAACUGUUCUAUUCAGGACUCUUGAUUUGAGUGAUCUCUGUGGCACUUUCAUAUAAAUGUAAACAAAACGACAACAAAAAAAAAAAAGAGAAAGAGGCGUAAUAUAUUUUUGUUAUUUGAAGGGAAAGCGGAAAUAUGAGGGAACAGGUGCAUGGUCAGGAUAAAAUGUUGUUCCGUGUUCUCUGCGCUGCAAUAAAAAAAGAAGCAUCUCGGAAAUAUGAAUCCGAGGGGGAAAAAAAAAAAAAACGAACUAUGCAACUGGUGUUAUUGGAUGUUCAUUUUGUCAAUCAAUGUUUUUAUGGUUUUCUCUGUGAACCCUUUUACAACAAAAAGUUGGUUGUAUUUCUGUUUUGAAAAAAAAAAAUACUUGAAGAAAAAUAGUUGGACCAGCUACUGGAGCCAAACUAUUAUUAUUUUUAUUAUUAUUACCUAUAAAUUAUGAAUGUUGACGAAAAGUGAUCAGGAUUUGCACUACACCAACAUUCUUAUAUCAGCCACACAAGAAUACGAUGUACAUUUGGAACUUUAUAUAUAGUAUACCAAAGAUCCUACGUAUUACUAGCUUUCAGAACAAUUCUUCUUAACGCCCAGCUCGACUGUGGUAUUAGCCCAAUUAGCACCAAUACACAGCCAACUAUACGUAUCAUCGUCUAAUCCAGUUUUCUUCAGUGUUUCCUUAAUGUACAGUUUUCAUGCAACUUUAUGGUCCAGGCGUUUAAUGCCACGGUCUUACAGCCUUCCUACAAACCCCAUCAUGACACCAUGCACCAAGAUAAAAUACGAGCUUUUCAUGAACGAAAAUGACUGACAAAACAAACCACGAUAUGUUGAAGGAAGCUUUUGGAUGUUGAACAUGUUGACUUUUUAUGUAUAGAUCUCUAAGAUGAGGUGACACGAUGCAUUGUUGUACAAAAUGUGCUUGUUAUGUUUUAUAUCUAAUUUAUUUUGCAGCAUACUCUUUGCUUCACUAUUAAAGCUGAACUGUACAAGUAAUCCUCUCGUGCUGAUUUUGUGUUUAUUUAUUAGUUGAGAGACCCAGCCAGUUUCUAGUGUCUAAUUUAAGUAUUUGUAGCUGUAUCCCUUGAGGUUCAUAAAGCUGGAGUUGAUUUGUUCAUUAGAGAGUUUGAUGCUUAGCAGAUGGACAGGAAGUGUUAAAAACAUCCUCCAACUGGGGAAAAUGGAGUUUAGCAAUUCAGGCAUGAGAACUUACUGAAUUCCUAAUCAAGUUUUACUUUUUUUUUUUUUUUUGGAGUGAACCAUGUUUAGCAAACUUGAAGUUCGACUUCUCAACACGAUAUUUAUUGUCAUCUCGUCGACAUAGACGUAUUCAGUGGCAUGAAAUGGUGAAACCGAUGCAGACUACAUAUGCAACUUGAAGAGGUCUAACCAAUUUCAUUUGAGUCUAAAUAAACCUUUGCUUGUAGGGCUCUCUUUGAGCUGACCUGCUGUGUAAGGAUAAGAGUGGCUGAGCCGAGGUGCAGUGGUAAUUACUGCUCUCAUCAGUCUGCAAAUGAAAGCUAUCUGGUUCUCUUUGGGACCUUUCAAAAAAAAAAAAAAGAGCAGUGCAUUAUUGCUUUCCUUGCCACAUUAGAGGUGUGCAUCAGGACUGGAAUCCUGUGUGACUUAACAAAAAAGUCGCAGGAGCGAGCGUUUUUUUUUUUUUUACCUUUGUGUGGACGAUCAGAUAUGAAGCUCAUUACAUUCAAUACCAUGGGAACUUACUGGGUCUAAAUCACUAAUUUGUUUAUAUUUUAGGAAAUAGAAUGAACUAAUGUCACUAGGAAACAUGAACAAGUUCAAACAAAAAUAAAAACUGCGGAAGCAGAUUGGUGCGAUAGAUCAAACUUUCUGCAGAAGUUGGUGGGAUAAGUCAGAAUAAAUUCAGGAAUGGUUAUGAGUGGUCAGAAAUCCUUUGGGAGUGGGUAGAUGUGGUCAGAAAUCCUUUGGGAGUGGGUAGAUGUGGUCAGAAAUCCUUUGGGAGUGGGUAGGUGUGGUCAGACGUCCUUUUGGAGUGGGUAGGUGUGGUCAGAAGUCCUUUGGGAGUGGGUAGGAGUGGUCAGACGUUUUUUGGAAUGGGUAGGUGUGGUCAGAAGUCCUUUGGGAGUGGGUAAGAGUGGUCAAAAAUCCUUUGGGAGUGGGUAGGUGUGGUCAGACGUCCUUUGGGAGUGGGUAGGUGUGGUCAGACGUCCUUUGGGAGUGGGUAGGAAUGGUCAGAAAUCCUUUGGGUGUGGGUAGGUGUGGUCAGAAGUCCUUUGGGAGUGGGUAGGAAUGGUCAGAAAUCCUUUGGGUGUGGGUAGGUGUGGUCAGAAGUCCUUUGGGAGUGGGUAGGAGUGGUCAGAUUUCCUUUUGGAGGUGGCAUGUUUGGUAAAAAUUUAAUUGGGAGCCGGUGGGAUUGGUCAAAAUUCCUUUGGGAGUGGGUAGGAUUGGUCAGAAUUUCAUUGGGAGUGCAUAGGAUUGGUCAGAAUUUCACUGCAGUGGGCAGGAUUGGGCAGAAUUCCUUUGGGAGUAAGCAGGAGUUGUCAGAAUUCCUUUGGGAGUGGGCAGGAUUGGUCAGAAUUUCAUUGCAGUGGUCAGGAUUGGUCAGAAUUCCUUAACGUGCAAGCAGGAUAAUUCAGAAUUCCUUUGGGAUUGGUCAGAAUUGCUUCAGGAGUAGUCAGGAUUCUUUUGGGAGUGGGUGGGAUUGUUAUACAUUUCUUCAGAACCAGGAAUAAUUGGUCAGAAUUCCAUCAGAAUCAGAUGGGAAAAGACAGAAUUCUUUUGGCAGCAGGCGGGACUGGUCAGAAUUUGUUUGGGAGUGGACAGGUGUGUCAGAAGUCAUUUGGGAGCAGUCAGGAUUAGUUA